CUGUCUAAACUGACUAAGAAGUUCUGAUAAACCUAUUUGGGAGGGGUCUGUUUGCUAGAGGGCAGGAAAGUGUAACAAUUUGCAAAUUAGAAGACCGCUCACACUCUUCUUGCUUAUACACUACUGAUUUGGGUCUGUACCACAUUGUUAAAACACCACCAAUACAGUCACAGACAGGGUUAGUUACUGUGGAAUGCCCCAAGGGCAAUAGAAAUCAAAUAGAAGCAAAUACCAACUCAAGUCUUGAGUGAUGACGGAGGUGCAUUUUAAGUAUCAUGGAAAUCUCACUGGGCGGGCUCAUUUUCCCACUCUGGCAACAGAGGUUGAUACCACUUCAGACAAGUAUUCCAACCUGUACAUGUAUGUAGGAUUGUUUCUGAGCCUCCUGGCCAUUCUUCUCAUCUUGCUCUUCACAAUGCUUCUUCGGCUCAAACAUGUCAUCUCGCCCAUCACUGAGAGCACAGAAAGCGUUCCUCAGUUCACAGAUGUAGAGAUGCAAAGUCGAAUUCCCACUCCUUAAAAUCAAAAUGAUGGCAAGACUCAGCGGAUAUGAGCAAACCCUGGCAUGCUGAUUGAUGUUCAGAA